GAAUUAUCUACCCCGCUGGUCCUUAUAAUUCCAUGCAUAAUCAGAUGACGAUCGCGGGGACCCGGGAUACAACUUGAAGGACUCGGAGCUCACUAGCGCUCACUACCCAUACAAGUCACUCGUUAAUUUACUUCCACGCUUGCAAUGAGCAAUGAUUCCGAAACGGACCUGGAUCAUGAGCGUCUGCUCAAGCCUGAACUCGAUCCCGUCUCCGACAUGAACGAUGCGGAGGAUUCUCAACGAACUGACUUCUAUAAGCCUGAGCUAGACAAGGUACAGAGACGUCUAGGUAGUACACAUAUCCAAAUGCUUGCGAUUGCUAGCGUUAUAGGUACAGGGCUGUUUCUAGCCAUUGGCAAGACGCUAUCCUACACAGGACCUCUGGGCCUACUCAUAGUCUUCGCUCAUGUCGGCACAGUCGCUUUUGCCUCUCUGGCUUCCGUAUCUGAGAUGACCGCGUUUGCUCCGGUAUCUGGCUCCUUCUCUCACUUCGCCGCACGAUGGGUGGAUCCUGCUCUUGGUUUUGCUGUCGGAUGGAAUUACUUUUAUGCUUGUGCAAUCACUCUUCCCGCAGAGAUCUCCGCUGCUGCCGUACUUGUACGUUUCUGGGACAAAGAUUCCAGUCAUAUGGCUGCCUACAUUUCUCUCUUCGUCGUCAUGGUCUUUAUAGUGAACUUAUUUGGUGCACGGGCGUUUGCCAACACUGAAAUCGUCUUCUCCGCCCUCAAACUCUCUCUUAUCGCGGGACUGAUCAUCGGAGGACUGAUAAUUGACCUCGGGGGUGGCCCGGACCAAACAAGCCACGGAUUCGAGUAUUGGCGUGAUCCCGGACCCAUGGUUUCCUCCCUCGAGCCCGGUGCCGCCGGUCGCUUCCUAGGUCUUCUAUUAGCCACGACACCGGCCGCGUUCUCAAUGGGAGGGAUGGAGAUCAUCACCGUAGCUGCAGCAGAGACAAAGAAUCCGCGAAAGAAUAUCGUAACAGCGAUGAAGACAGUUUUCUUUCGCAUUUUCUUCUGCUAUAUCCUCACAGCUUUCGUGAUAGGACUACUCAUUCCGUCCAACGACCCGGAACUCCUCAGCGUACACGAAGGCUCUGGCCAAUCCCCCUUUGUCCUCGCAUUCCAUCGCGCGGGAGUGAAAGUCCUUCCCUCGAUUAUCAACGCCGUAGUCCUCUCGAGCGCAUUCUCGAGCGCUAACGGCAUGCUCUACAGCUCUUCCCGACUACUUUACGCGCUCGCUCUGCAAGGACAGGCUCCGAAAUGGUUUGCUACUGUUACAGCCAGUGGUCUUCCGCUGAGGGCCACAUUAGUUGCGGGAUCGUUUUCUGUUCUAGCAUUCUUGAAUGUCCAGACGGAGGCUGGGACUGUCUUCAGUUGGUUUCUGAGCCUCUCAACUGUCGGAGGACUACUCAACUGGUUAAUGAUUGGCGUCAGCUACUUGGCCUUCUACAACGGCCUAAAGGCUCAGGGGAUGGAAGGCGAGUUACGCGGCAUCUAUCGCUCUCGUUUUCAGCCUUACGCCGCAAUAUGGACUAUUACCUGGUCAACAUUCUUCAUCCUCGUUAGUGGCUUGUCCACAAUCUGGACAGGAAGCACGUCCGACUUCGUAGCUGCAUACAUCAACCUCCCAAUAUUUGCCGGCCUCUAUUUCGGAUGGAAGAUCUACAAGGGAACGAGCAUUGUAUCUUUCUCAGAGAUGGACUUCACGACGGUCGUACCUCACUUUCAGGGUAUUCCUGCCAUGAGGGAUAUGGAUUCAGAGGACACAAGCGAUAUGGGCCCUGCAGCGAACACUUGGAGAAUGACGGAGUUACGAUAG